AAAAAAAAAUCUGCAACAUUUUCCCAUUAUAGGCUAUAAUAGCGGCGGUGCCACUCGACAGUGGACAUCCUCAGUCAGCUUAAUCCGGUUCCGCCGCCCAGACAGACAUGCUCCUGGUACCAUUGAACUACCAAAAGUACCCCUAGUAGCUGUUUGGUUUGGUUGGAGUCACGAGAUUAAUAAAAUGGGUGACGGGUCGGGUGGAGUAUUAUUAUUAUUAUAUGAAUGUGGAUUGUCAUCAUCGUCGGGCGUACUUUCUGCACAAUCAUUUUCUCCGCCUAUUCUCUUUCCUCCCAGAAGUCUUCUUCUCCUCCGUAGGAACUUCAGUGUUGGUAUAAGAAGAAGAAGCAGUGAACCAGCCUGGAAGAAGAGGUCUUGGAUUAAGGCGAUGCCUUGUUCGUCAACCGUUAUUCCCCACGAAGAUAAUGGAGCAUUGCGCAACUUCAAGCUAAGCGAGUCUACCUUCUUGGCUUCCCUAAUGCCGAAGAAAGAGAUCGCCGCCGACCGAUUUGUCGAAACUCAUCCUCAAUACGACGGCCGCGACGCUCUCAUCGCCAUCUUCGAUUCUGGCGUGGACCCAGCAGCUGCUGGAUUACAAGUUACAUCAGCUGGGAAGCCAAAGAUACUUGAUGUCAUUGAUUGCACUGGUAGUGGCGAUGUUGACACCUCAAAGGUGGUGAAGGCUGAUUUAGAUGGUUGUAUAUGUGGAGCUUCUGGUGCAUCUCUGGUUAUAAAUCCUUCAUGGAAUAACCCUUCUGGGGACUGGCAUGUUGGUUAUAAGUUUGUGUAUGAGUUUUUCACGAAUACUUUGAUCUCUCGCAUGAAGAAAGAACGAAAGAAGAUAUGGGAUGAGAAAAACCAGGAAGCAAUAGCUGAAGCUGUCAAGCAACUAGAUGCGUUUGACAAGAAACAUUCAAAAAUUGAGGAUGCUGACCAAAAGAGGGCACGUGAAGACCUCCAGAACAAGAUCGAUUUUCUCAGAAAGCAAGUAGAUAGUUAUGACGACAAGGGACCCAUUAUUGACGCUGUUGUAUGGCACGAUGGAGAGCUUUGGAGGGCUGCUCUAGAUACACAGAGUUUGGAGGAUGAGCCUGCGAGUGGAAAGCUUGCUAACUUUGUUCCGUUGACUAAUUAUAGGAUUGAACGGAAAUACGGCAUUUUUAGCAAACUAGAUGCUUGCUCAUUUGUCACAAACAUAUACGAUGAUGGUAACAUUCUAAGUAUUGUUACUGAUAGCUCCCCACAUGGUACUCAUGUUGCUGGAAUUGCCAGUGCUUUCCACCCUAAGGAGCCCCUGUUAAGUGGAGUAGCACCUGGUGCACAAAUAAUUUCAUGCAAAAUUGGAGAUUCACGGUUAGGUUCCAUGGAGACAGGAACAGGCUUGAUUAGAGCACUGAUAGCCGCUGUGGAGCACAAAUGCGAUCUCAUUAACAUGAGUUACGGUGAACCUACACUUCUACCUGAAUAUGGACGCUUCGUUGACCUCGUUAAUGAAGUGGUAAACAAACAUCGCAUAAUAUUCAUCAGUAGUGCUGGAAAUAGUGGCCCAGCUCUAAGCACAGUUGGGGCUCCUGGUGGUACCACUUCAAGUAUCAUAGGAGUUGGCGCAUAUGUCUCUCCUGCUAUGGCUGCUGGAGCACAUUGCGUGGUUGAAGCGCCUACUGAGGGGCUCGAAUAUACCUGGUCUAGCCGUGGACCAACUGCUGAUGGUGAUCUUGGUGUCUCUAUAAGUGCUCCUGGUGGAGCUGUUGCUCCUGUUCCCACAUGGACUCUUCAAAGCCGUAUGCUUAUGAAUGGCACUUCGAUGGCAUCUCCUUCUGCUUGUGGGGGUGUAGCUCUGCUUGUCAGUGCCAUGAAGGCUGAGGGGAUACCAGUAAGUCCAUACAUAAUGAGGGAAGCUCUUGAAAAUACAGCUACUCCUGUUGGUUGUUUACCCGAAGAAAAAUUAUCGACGGGGCAGGGGCUCAUGCAAGUUGACAAGGCAUAUAACUAUCUUCAGAAGCUUAAUAAUGUCCCAUAUGUCAUGUAUCAGAUUAAAGUAAAUCAAGCUGGCAAAGCAGCCCCUGUUUCACGAGGUAUCUAUCUGAGGGAGCUAUCUUCUUACCACCAAUCUACCGAGUGGACAGUGCAAGUGGAACCGAAAUUUCAUGAAGAUGCAAGCAAUUUAGAAGAACUGGUUCCAUUUGAAGUAUGUAUCCAGUUGUGCUCUACAGAUGAUGCAGUUGUCCGAGCACCUGACUACCUCCUUUUAACGAAUAAUGGGCGUACUUUUAAUGUUAUUGUGGAUCCUACAAAUAUUGGUGAUGGCUUGCACUACUAUGAGAUCUAUGGGUUGGAUUGCAAGGCUCCAUGGCGUGGCCCACUUUUCAGGAUCCCAAUUACCAUAACAAAGUCCAUGUCUCUAGAAAAUCGACCUCCAGUAACACUGUUUUCUGGGAUGUCGUUUGUGCCAGGCCACAUUGAACGCAAAUACAUUGAAGUACCUAUUGGUGCCACUUGGGUUGAGGCAACCAUGCGAACAGCUGGAUUUGAUACUGCGAGAAGGUUUUUUAUUGACACUGUUCAGAUGAGUCCACUUCAAAGGCCAAUGAAGUGGGAGAAGGUUGUUACAUUCUCUUCUCCAUCAUCUAAAAACUUUGCUUUCUCCGUGGAGAGUGGACGGACAAUAGAAUUGGUGAUUGCACAGUUUUGGUCAAGUGGUAUUGGAAGUUCUGAAACCACUGUUGUCGAUUUUGAGAUUGAAUUCCACGGAAUAAAUGUCAACAAAGAUGAAAUAGUUUUUGAUGGGAGUGAUGCUCCUGUUAGAGUUGAUGUCGGAACACUGCUUUCUUCUGAAAAGCUUUCUCCUGCUGCAACACUUACCAAGAUAAGGGUUCCAUAUCGACCUGUUGAUUCCAGGCUCAGUGCUCUUUCGGCUGAUCGUGAUAAACUACCUUCUGGCAAACAGAUUCUCGCCUUGACUCUAACUUACAAAUUCAAGCUGGAAGAAGGAGCUGACAUAAAACCCCAGAUUCCCUUACUUAACAACCGCAUAUAUGAUAAUAAAUUUGAGUCUCAGUUUUAUAUGAUUUCAGAUGCAAAUAAGCGUGUGUAUGCCAUGGGUGAUGUCUAUCCGGAGUCUCGUAAGCUUCCAAAGGGUGAAUACACUCUCCAGGUUUACCUGAGGCAUGACAAUGUGCAAUUGUUGGAGAAGAUGAAGCAAUUAGUGCUGUUCAUCGAGAAAAAAUUGGAGAAGGAAUCCAUUCAGUUGAGCUUUUAUACUGAACCAGAUGGACCAGUGAUGGGAAAUGGUAGUUUUAAAUCGUCUGUUUUAGUUCCGGGGUUAAAAGAAGCCUUUUACAUUGGCCCUCCAUUGAAAGACAAGCUCCCCAAGAACCUUACAGAAGGAUCUGUGUUGCUUGGAGCUAUCUCUUACGGAAGGCCGUUAUUUGGAGAUCAAGAAGCAAGACAGAAUCCAGAAAAGGAUCCUGUAUUUCAUACCAUUUACUAUAAUGCUCCACCCUGUAAGAAGGUUGAAGAGGACAAAGGUAAAGGUUUUUCUAAAGCUAUUCCAAAAAGUGUGUCUGAGCGAUUGGAAGAAGAGGUUAGGGAUGCCAAAAUUAAGGUACUUACAAGCCUUAAGCAAGGCACUGAUGAAGAACGAUCAGAAUGGAAGCAGUUAUCAAUCUCUCUCAAGUCUGAAUACCCGAACUACACCCCCUUGCUCGCUAAGAUACUUGAGAGCGUGUUAUCUCAGAACAACAGAGACAAAAUUGAUCAUCUUAAAGAGGUUAUAGGUGCUACAAACGAGAUUAUUGACAGUGUUGACCUGGAGGAAUUGUCAAAAUAUUUUGCCCUCAGAAGUGAUCCAGAAGAUGAUGGUGCAGAGGAAGCAAAAAAGAGGAUGGAGGCAACUCGCGACCAGUUAGCAGAAGCAUUUUAUCAGAAAGGAUUAGCUUUGGCAGAGAUUGAAGUUCUCAAGGAGGAUGAAACUGCUUCCACUGAAAGCAUGGGUGAUGAAAGUUGUGAUCAAGACCUGUUUGAAGUAAAUUUUAAAGAACUAAAGAAAUGGGUAGAUCUGAAAUCCUCAAAAUAUGGCACCCUUCUAGUCAUUCGUGAGAAGCGUUCUGGACGGUUUGGAACUGCACUCAAGGCACUAAAUGACAUUAUUCAAGAUGGAGGUGAUCUCCCAAAGAAACAGCUCUAUGAAUUGAGGCUUUCGUUGAUCGAACUCAUUGGUUGGCCCCAUUUGGUAUCAUACGAGAAGCAAUGGAUGCUCGUACGCUUCCCACCAGCUCUACCGCUUUUUUAGUGUUGCAUUGAUUUAUCUUGUUUUUAGGACAACUCUCUGGUUUAGCUACACCUCUUCCUCAAACUUCCGUUUUCUUUUUCCUUUUUUAACAAGUUAAAAACUCUUAUCUGGUGCGGAUCAUCACAUCUCGUCGACAACUGAAAAACGAAUCACAUCAUACCAUCCAAAGUUGUCUGUUAACGAAUGAGACGUUCAAUCUUUUUAUAUUAUAAGUCUCUUGAUCAUUGUUUAU